GAUCGCAUAAAUACUCAUGUACUGUUUCGUUGUUACACAUGAAUACUACUCAUUAAAAAAAGUUAAUUUCCACAUUCCUUCUUAAGGCAUAUGUAAAUGUAUUAAACGUUACUUUGAUAAUAAAUCGCAUUGUAUCACUUAAAAAAACGUGCGAGUUGAUGUGGAUUAUAAGGGCGACUUAGGGUAAACAAACGUGUUCCUAGCUCACACUUUAUGGGUACCCAUUCCACAAGCUUAUCAUCCCAACCAAGACCGCUCACCCUUGAGUUGCUCGUGUCCGUUGAUCUAGCUAAGACUGGGGAUGUUGAAAUGGAACCUCGUAUAUCCGGACUGGACUUUAUGCCGGACGGUAGACUGGUAGUCGUGGAUAACGCGAAUAAGAAAUGUUUCCUCCUCAAUGAGCGGCUGCAGAAACUAGGAUCACCGCACAAGUUCAUUAAUAAACCAAUGGGUGUUGUGUGCUUGUCUCAGAAUGAACUGGCCAUAACGUGUGGUAAGGAUGUUUGUUUCCUGUCUGUGAGUACAGACAAUAUCAUCAGAAUGAGAAGGACAAUCCAUACAUCAUCCAAGUUCUCUUCUAUCUGCUGCGAGUCUCCAUCCAAAAUGAUUGUGAGUACGUACGAUGAUUCCCGCCCUGCCCGAAUGUUAUCAGUGGACGGCGUGGAGUCUGAUUUUGACUACGUGGAGUUACCUUACGAGACUUACAAAGUAGGUGAGAGUGCGUGCACCUAUGUCCAGUCUAAGAACACUUUGGUACUGACUGACAUGUUAGAUCACGCUGUGUACAUGUUCGACACCGUGAAGGGCACGUCUAAAGCUGUCACUGAUGAAAACAUACAGGAACCAUGUGGCGCGUGCGUCGGGCCUGCUGACACGGUGCUGGUGAUCUGUAGGGCGAAAAACUCCAUCGCACACCUUACGCUGGAAGGUGACAUACUAGGUACCUAUCCAGUGGAUAUGGAGAGCCCGUGGGUCCUGUGUAUGAAUAAGGAUGGCAAGAUGCUGGCUGUGUCCAACAGCAGAAUAGGCAAUACGAAAAUCCAGUUGUUUAAGAUAACAACAGCAAUUAAUUAGGUGACUAGUUAGAUUUUAAUCAUGUGGUAAUGCUUUCUGUUCACAUAUUAAUUAUUAAUCACUGUAUGUGAUAAUGUUUAAUAAGUACGAUGGUUUGUGUGU